UCGGGGUAGCAGUACCAUUACUUGCUCUGAUAUUUUGUGUGAGGUAGGACUGCAGAGUAUCAUAAGUUGCAUACCACUCAAGUCACCGGAGUACCUUGCCUUACAGGCUUGCUUAAAGUUUGCACUGUUAUUAUUGUUGCUUCGGUGUGUGACUGUGCUUUUUGUUUUUCUGUCCUUCGAGAGAGAGCGGGAGAAGGAAGCGCAAACCAAAAAAAAAGAAAGAAAUGGAGAGCACGAUGAAGGAUUUGAGGGGAGGGGAAUCGGUGCUGGACAUGUCACCGCGCGCAACUGUCGGAGGCGGUGUUGAGGACGUCUACGGCGAGGAUCGUGCCACUGAGGAACAACUCGUCACCCCCUGGGUUACUUCUGUCGCCAGUGGUUAUAAUUUGCUGAGAGAUCCUCGUUACAACAAAGGACUUGCAUUUUCUGAGAAAGAGAGAGAAGCUCAUUACUUGUGCGGUCUUCUGCCUCCGGCUCUUAUGACUCAGGAACUUCAGGAGAAGAAAUUGAUGCACAGCAUUCGCCAGUAUCAGGUUCCUUUGCAGAAGUACAUUGCUUUGAUGGAACUGGAGGAGAGAAAUGAAAGAUUAUUCUACAAGCUUCUUAUUGAUAAUGUGGAGGAACUGCUCCCUAUUGUGUAUACUCCCACUGUUGGUGAGGCUUGCCAAAAAUAUGGGAGCAUUUUUAGGCGUCCCCAGGGUCUCUUCAUUAGUUUGAAGGAGAAGGGUAAGAUUCUUGAGGUUUUGAAGAACUGGCCAGAGAGGGCAAUCCAAGUUAUAGUUGUGACUGAUGGUGAAAGAAUAUUGGGACUUGGGGACCUUGGCUGCCAGGGAAUGGGAAUACCUGUUGGGAAAUUGGCUCUGUACACUGCACUUGGAGGUGUCAGACCUUCAGCUUGUUUGCCUAUUACCAUUGAUGUGGGGACAAAUAAUGAGAAGCUACUAAAUGAUGAAUUCUACAUCGGUCUCAAACAGAAGAGACCAACUGGAAAGGAAUAUUAUGACUUCCUCCAUGAGUUCAUGACUGCUGUAAAACAGAAUUACGGAGAAAAAGUCCUUGUACAGUUUGAAGAUUUUGCAAAUCACAAUGCUUUUGAGCUGUUGGCCAAAUAUGGUACCACCCAUCUGGUAUUCAAUGAUGACAUACAGGGGACAGCAUCUGUUGUCCUUGCUGGUCUUGUUGCAUCACUUAAAUUGCUUGGGGGGACCUUGGCUGACCAUACGUUUUUGUUCCUUGGUGCUGGAGAGGCUGGUACUGGCAUAGCAGAGCUUAUAGCCCUUGAAAUGUCAAAGAAGGCAAAUGCUUCUGUUGAAGAGUUGCGUAAGAAGAUUUGGCUGGUGGACUCAAAGGGUUUAAUUGUUAGUUCUCGUAAGGAGUCCCUUCAACACUUCAAGAAGCCUUGGGCUCAUGAGUGUGAACCCGUUAACAAUCUUUUAGAUGCUAUUAAGGCUGUCAAGCCUACCGCCCUAAUUGGGACCUCUGGAGUUGGAAAACAAUUUACAAAGGAGGUCAUUGAGGCUAUGGCUGCCUUGAACGAGAAACCUCUUAUUAUGGCUCUUUCCAACCCAACCUCACAAUCUGAGUGCACUGCUGAAGAAGCUUAUAAAUGGUCGGAGGGUCGAGCAAUAUUUGCAAGUGGAAGUCCAUUUGACCCUGUUGAAUUCAACGGCAAAGUUUACGUCCCUGGCCAGGCAAACAAUUGCUACAUAUUUCCUGGAUUUGGUUUUGGUUUGGUCAUGUGUGGUGCAAUUCGUGUUCAUGAUGAUAUGCUUCUGGCAGCAUCGGAAGCUUUGGCUAAGCAAGUUACAGACGAGCAUUAUGCACGGGGGAUGAUUUAUCCUCCAUUUGCAAAUAUCAGAAAAAUCUCAGCUCAUAUUGCUGCUGGUGUUGCUGCAAAAGCAUAUGAGCUCGGUGUGGCAACACGGCUUCCUCGACCUGCGGAUCUGGUGAAGUUCGGUGAAAGCUGCAUGUAUACUCCAAACUACCGAAGUUACUGGUGAUUUCUCAGUUUUUCCUGCUGCUGGUGUGCCUUCAUCCAAUGGUUUGUCUUAUGGAUGACUCGGGUAUCACAGUGGUCUCUAAUAAGCUGCGACGAAAUGUGUCUGUACCCUGCCACGUUAUCUGCUGAUUUGUUGUAAAAAUAUGACUGUUUUCUCCUUGCUGUUGUGAGAUCAAUAAAAAUAUUUUCCAGAGUUUGGUUGCCCUUCAAA